UCUGAAGCAAUGGAUGUAAAGAAUCGAUCCAUAGUAUCAGAAUUUGUGUUCCUGGGACUCACCAAUUCAUGGGACAUUCAGCUUCUCCUUUUUGUCUUUUCUUUGUUGUUUUACUUUGCAAGCAUGAUGGGAAACUUUGUUAUUGUGCUCACUGUAACCUUGGAUGCUCAUCUGCACUCCCCCAUGUAUUUUCUGCUGGCUAACCUCUCAGUUGUUGAUAUGGUAUUUUGCUCCAUCACAGCCCCUAAGAUGAUUUAUGAUAUUUUCAAGAGGCAUAAAACUAUCUCCUUUCGGGGAUGUAUGACUCAGAUCUUCUUUAGCCAUGCUGUUGGGGGCACUGAGAUGGUGCUGCUCAUAGCCAUGGCUUUUGACAGAUAUGUGGCCAUAUGUAAGCCCCUCCACUACCUGACUAUCAUGAACCAAAGAAUGUGUUUGUACUUUUUAGUUACUUCUUGGAUCAUUGGCUUUAUCCAUUCAUUGGUCCAAUUAGUUUUUGUGGUAGAUUUACCUUUCUGUGGCCCUAAUAUAUUUAAUAGUUUCUAUUGUGACCUUCCCCGGCUCCUCAGACUUGCCUGCACAAACACCCAAAAACUAGACUUCAUGGUCACUGUCAAUAGUGGACUAAUUUCUGUGGGCUCCUUUGUCUUGCUGGUCAUGUCUUACAUCUUCAUCUUGUUCACAGUUUGUUAUCACUCUUCUGGUGCUUCAUCCAAGGCUCUUUCUACUCUGUCAGCUCACAUUACAGUGGUGGUUUUAUUCUUUGGGCCACUGAUGUUUUUCUAUACAUGGCCUUCUCCCACAUCAAACCUAGAUAAAUAUCUUGCUAUUUUUGAUGCAUUUAUCACUCCUUUUCUAAAUCCAGUCAUCUAUACAUUCAGAAACAAAGACAUGAAGGUAGCAAUGAGGAGACAGUGCAGCCGUCUUGUGCAUUACAGGAAGAUUUCAUAA